AUGAAAUUUCUGUUCACACCAAAACAUCAGAAGUUGGUAAACCAUUGCUAUCCUAGGGGUAGGACAUCUGAAAUGAAACCCAACACUUCAGAGACUUCGUAUUUGUUAUACUAUGUUAGUUCAAGAAGGAAUAAGUUGGAAAAAGUCAGCAAAUAUUUGGUUAAACGAACAUUGCACGACAUACGUCAUAGAAAGUUUGGUAAUAUUGCUGUCACAACUAUUCUAAUGAAUGAAAUAAUACAUUCAUGUAAUGAAAACUUAAACAUAUUUAUAGGGGACUUCUUAUUUAUUCUGAUCAAGAUAUUGACAGAUACCAAUAUUAAUAAUGAUAUUAUUAUUGUUGAGCAUAUUGAGAAAAUAUUGAAUAGUGUUUGUUCACUAACUAAAAAUAAUAUAUUUAAUUGGAGUUCUGAAUCAAUACAGAAAUUCGUUGACUUUGUUGAAUCUUAUUUUAAAGUGGUCCAUUAUAGAUUACAUAAAGAUGAAUUAUUAUUAAAAGGAUGUAUUGAUAUUUCGAUGGCUACAAAUUUAGCUUGUAAUCAAUACACAAAUCACAUUGUUCAAAAAUGUGUGGAAUACAGUUUAAAAAAGUUGAAGGAAAAAUAUCCAAAGUUUAAGAUAAUUAAUCUACGUCCAAAUUCUAUAUAUAGAGGUGACUCUCAAAAAUUAUCAAAGAGUCUUCAAUGUUCAUUGAAUUCAUUAAAUAUUGAAAGCCAGAAUGAUCUAGAAGUAAUAGCAACAAGAAACUUCUUUAAUACAACAGAAACUGAUAAGUUGACAGUGGCAGUCCAACAGCUAUUAUCGCAUUUAUUCAAAAUUCCCAAUUCUGAAUUGCUUCUUGUUAUUUGUGACAUGAUACCCCUUCAAUUACGAUAUAUCGUUGUCAUCCUGCUGUUUAAACAUUUGAGCUCAUCCAACCCAAAUAAAAAAAACCCUGUUAUCAUCCUUAAACUGAUAUCUGCGUUACUGACUUCAAGUAUUAGUAUGAUAGGUCUAAGUGUCUUGGAUUUGAUGAGGAAACUAUUGAAUUUUCAAUUGAGUAAUGUCAGUGUUAAGAAUGUUAAUUAUCAAUGCAGGAAUACUAUUGCCGAUUUAAAUAAUAAAAUAUAUUAUAGAUCCCAAACUGCUGAUAUGUUCUAUGAAUUAUUGGCAAGAAUUGAAGUGGAAAAACGAUCUUCUUAUAGACAUGCAUUAAAACUUGAUAUCCUCACAUUAAUCAAAUCGGCGAGUCAUAAUGAUAUACCACUACCGCUAUGUGCAGAACUAAUUAGGCAUUUACCUAACGAGUUUGAAUCAAUUAUGGAAAUGUCAGAAUCAGAAAACAAAUCAAUAGAAUACUGUUUUUAUCCUAUUUGUAGAAUUUUAAAAUUCAUUGAAAAUGAAAACGAUAUAAAUAAAAGCUCGGGAUAUCUGAAUAUUCUAUUACAAAAGUAUAAGAACAUUGCAAUUGCCACGGGUUUGAAAUAUCUUGAUAGUCCUGAUUCGAUACAUGAUAAUGAAUUUUAUUACACUUUCCAUCAUAAAGCUGCUGAUUUUUUAUGUUUAGCUGAUUAUCAGGAAGAAGUAUUGGCAAAGAAAAAGAAGGGUGGGUCUAUUGAUGAAACUGGACUGGUUUCACUUUUAUCGGGAUCAAACAGAGAAAUCAUUCAGCUUACAGAUAUUGUUCAAAAUUUAACAAGUAGCGGUGACUACAGCAUGGAAAACUCUGAAUUGAAUCUUCAAUCCUCAUCCAACCUUAAAGAACUUAAUUAUAGACUAAGGAGUUCGUCUUACGGAUUUCAAACAGGUAAUGCCAUAAUGAAUAAAAAUAAAAAUUAUUAUCAAAAGUUUUCAACUUUAAAUACCACCUCAUUGAAAUUAACAUCUUCAACUACCCCAACAGUUAAGCAAUUGAAGCAUAUAUAUGGGAGUAGGUAUGACAAUCGGGAUGAAAAAAAUUCAUUGUUAAUAAAUAAUUAUCCACAGUCGAUGCGUUCAAAAGUAACGAAUAUAACAUCCCUACUAAACGAAUUAAAAAGCUGUGAUGAGCAAUCAAGAACUACAAAUUAUGACUUAGAUCUUGAGAAAGGGAAUAGAAUAAGCAAAUUCAAGCCUCUUCAGGGGAAUAAAAUUGUAAAUUUGACCGCUAAUGACACAGUGUCACCAAUCUCAGAUUCAGAAAGUUCAGAAAACUCAACAACUGAUCAACGUGCUGAAUCACAUAUGACAUUGUCUGGCAGUUUUUUUGCACAGCUUUCCAAAAAAAGACUGUUCUUUCCUUUUAAAUAG